GGCUAAAUUUUUCCCCACCAAUCCUUGGUGGAUUAACGGAAAGAAAAAUAAAAAUAAAAACAUACAAAUAAAAAUUAAGCCCACUAACACCCGUGCUUUUCUCUCCUCUCUCCCUUCCUUCCCCCCUUCUCUCUCCUCUCAUUCUUCUUUCGCGGAGCCACCGGCCACCGCCACCCCUUUCACGCCAAUCUUCCAUUGGAGGCAGGGGAAACUACUAGGAAUGAAUCACUAGCCUUCGCACCCACCACAAAUACGAACCUGAAUCAACGAUUGAGGAAAUCAAAGGAAGCGAUUCAAUACAACAAAUUCGUCGAUGAAUCAAUUGAAUUGAAGGAUUGAAGAAAUCAAAUUCGUCGAGGAAUCGAAAGAAUCAAUCAAGAAUGCAGCAGAAUUGAGAAGAUUGAGAACGACGAUUGAGAAGAGAAGGAGAAGUAAGAUUGAACCCCUCUAACUUCUUCUCCGAAACCUUGCAGAUCUGAAUCAACCGUCGUCGUCGGAACUCGAAUCGGCUCAUGCGUUCUAGGGUAGCAAGUUUGGUCUUCUAUGGUGGCUGCAUCUUAGAAGUUUCGGGCAUUCAAGGUUUCUCAAUCAACUUGUGCAUUGCUGGGCUUUUGGCUAUGAAGUUUCUUGGUCUGGCGAAGAACAAUCACCGUAGCCAUUCUCUUCAAGCGGGCUCUGGUUUUUUUCUUCGUUGGAAGGCUUUUGGGCAGAUCUUCUUGCCAUCGACGAAUUUGCUUUCGUCGGAAGUAUGGUGGUCCUGGGUAUCACCGUGGCACCGACUGCAUGGAAGCCGUCGGAGUAAAAUGGAGGCGUUAGUUGGGGAUUGUGGUUGGAAUCGAAAUCUGGGCUUGGAGUAGGGUUAUUUGUGGGUUUUAGUGUUUUUUUUCUCUUUUAAUCCACAUCAUCCAGUGGGGUGAGAAACACGCCAACUAAUCAUCCACCGUCUGUCUAGUCAUCAAGUUAACUGACGGAGUUAACGAAGCGGUCGGAAAUGGAUAUUUCCUGUAUUUCGAUAGUUGUGGAUAUAUUUGUCACAAACCUGAUAGUUGUGGAUAUACAACUGUAUUUUGCUUUUUUUAAAUGAAAAAUUCUUGUGCUA